AUGGUGUUACCCGUCUUGACCUAUGGCGUCCACGCUUGGUACCUCUAUGAGGACAGGGAUAAGCAUGUUGACGUGCUUAAAAAAGUAAGAAGACGAGCCAUAAGGCUAGCCUAUGGCUUAGGAUUCCGGACUGAGCUCUCCGACGCCCAGGAAUCAUCCCUCAAAGGCCUCUCUGAGGUCCUAGAGAAGAUUAUUUCUGGAUGGCAGGUAAGGCGAAUAAUGUCUGGACGUGGUAAAGGUGGCAAAGGAGGAAAGAGUGGUGCAAAACGAUUUCGAAAGAUAUUAAUUGACAAUAUACAAGGAAUUACUAAGCCAGCAAUAAGAAGACUAUGUCGAAGAGGAGGUGUUCGAAGAAUUUCUGGAAAAAUUUACGAGGAGACACGUUCUGUCCUUAAAAUUUUUAUUGAGCAAACUGUUCGUGAUUGUAUUUCUUACACUGAACAUGCCAAAAGAAAAACUGUUAUCGCAAUGGACGUUGUUAAUGCCUUGAAACGUCAAGCCGCCUACACGGAUUACGCCCACUCGAUUUGUUGGGUGAAAGGCACCUAUUUCGCCCCACUAGGAAAAAGACUUCCUGAGUCGAAUGCCGAGCAGCAGAAAACAACUCUUCCUUACUAUCAAUGGAUUCAAUUUAUAUUCAUGUUCAUGGCAUUCCUUUUCUAUGUCCCAAUUGUUAUUUGGCGUACCUAUUCUUCUAAUUCUGGAAUAAAUCUUUCAAAGAUAAUAGAAACAUGCAUCAAGGCGAGAGAUUCAGUUAAAGUUGCAGACAAAACACGUCUUGCCAAAUCGGUUUCCAGUGAAAUCAACGACUAUGUGACCGAUCGUGACCCUCCAGUCUCUAUCCUCACCUACAUUUUGUAUUUUAUAAAAACGGUUAUGAUGAUUGGAGGACGUCGAAAGGGGAACUAUUUAACCAUUGCCUACUUCGUCACCAAACUACUGUUUCUUGCAAAUAUUUUUCUCCAGCUUGUUCUGUUUAACGUUUUCUUGGGUUUUCAAUUUCAAACAUACGGGCCCGUUCUGAUUAACGAGUAUUUCCAUGGCAGAGAACUUAACGAGUCAUCUUACUUUCCUCGAGUGACAUAUUGCGACUUCACAAUACGAGAAGUAAACCAGGAAUACAGAUACACACUGCAAUGUGUGCUCCAAGUAAAUUUAUUUUUGGAAAAAAUAUUCCUCCUUGUUUGGUUUUUCUAUUGUUUAGCUGGGAUAUACUCGUGCUACUAUUUUUUCAAUUGGAUCUACUAUUUUCUCUAUUUUCCUGCAAGACUGUCAUAUGUCACUAAAUAUGUAAAAAUAACAGGCAAGGAGAAGACCAAUGUCUCGGACUUUGUCUCGAAAUAUCUAAAAAAUGAUGGAUUCUUUAUAAUCAGAAUGAUUGGACAUAACGUGGAUAAUAUUACUGUCGAUGAUAUACUUAAUGCAUGCUGGACAAACUAUUUGGAAUCGAGUCGUAGAACAAAAAAUUUGCAUGAAAACUUUUCUAAAGAUUUCUGUGUUCGUCGUCUCAAAAAUCAGUUUGAAAAUUAA